GAGAGAAAGAGUGAGGCUUAACAGUAACCCACCAAAUGUCUGAAAUGGCUCCAAAGCAACUGCUCCCUUUCCUCUUCCUUGUUCCUAUUCUUCUCCUUCUUAAUGUUUGCAAGGAAGCCAUGGCUGUCAAACAGUUGAGAAGAGGGUUUUACUCUGAGUCAUGCCCAGCGGCUGAGUCCACUGUCCGGAAGGUGAUCCAACGAGCCAUGGUUAAGGACCCAAGAAGCCCUGCCUCUGUCAUGAGACUUCAGUUCCAUGACUGUUUUGUUAAUGGAUGUGAUGCAUCUCUGUUGCUUGAUGAUACGGAGACGAUGCUGGGAGAGAAGCUCUCUCUCUCAAAUAUUAACUCAUUGAGAUCAUAUGAAGUGAUUGAUGAAGCCAAGGCUGAGCUUGAAAGGAUUUGCCCUGGUGUUGUUUCCUGUGCUGAUAUCAUCAUCAUGGCCUCAAGGGAUGCUGUGUCCUUGACGGGAGGGCCAACAUGGGAAGUGAAGCUAGGAAGGAAAGACAGUCUAACAGCCAGCCAAGAAGCUUCAGACAAGGUGAUGCCAAGUCCUAGAGCUAAUGCCACCUACCUCAUCAACCUCUUCAGCCAAUUCAACCUUUCAAUCACCGACCUCGUGGCUCUUUCCGGCUCUCAUUCGAUUGGAAAAGGCCGAUGUUUUUCUAUUGUAUUUAGACUUUAUAAUCAAUCAGGCUCCGGCCAACCAGACCCUACCAUAGAACCUCGAUUCCGGAGAAUGUUGGACGGUCUAUGCCCGAAAGACGGGGACGGUAAUGUGACCGGAGGACUGGAUGCAACUCCACUGAAGUUUGAUAACCAGUAUUUCAAGGAUUUGGUUCAGGGAAGAGGUUUCUUGAACUCUGAUCAGAGCUUGUUCUCAGGGGAUGCAAGGACUAGGGAGAUUGUGAUCAAGUAUAGCAGGGAUGAGAAGGCAUUCUUUAAGGCUUUUGUUGAAGGGAUGGUUAGAAUGGGGGACUUACAGUCUGAGGAGCCAGGGGAGAUUAGGAAGAACUGCAGAGUUGCCAAUCAUCAUCCUCCUGAUCAAAUGUUGCAUUCCAUCUUUCUUGAGGCUUGAUUGGAUGAGGAUUUUAGUUUAAGUCACAGACUGAAUAUAUAUAUAUAUAUAUAUAGACUUUGGUGAAAUUUAAGAUCCAUGGGAAUAAUAAUUAAUGAUGAUGAAUUAGGAGUUUUUCUUAA